GCAAUAUCAAGGAUCGAUCAGCCCGUAUAAAAGUAGCCGGUGCUCGACGGCACUUCAUUCAUUCAUCGUCGCUUCUCAGGACCCAGUGGGACCAUAACGCACACGAGAUGAGAUUCGCCGGAGUCAGCUGUCUACUGGUAGCUCUUCUAGUCGGUGCCUUCGCCGCACCGGCCGAGAAGAUCGUCGGCGGGGAGAACGCCAACAUCAACGACUACCCUUACCAGGUGUCGUUGCGCAAGUCCGGUAAGCACUUCUGCGGCGGUUCCAUCAUCAGCGAGAAGCACAUCAUGACGGCCGCCCACUGCGUCCGCGGUAUCAUGGCGUCGCCCUUCAGCGACAUCAGCGUCUUCACCGGUACCAGCUCGUCCUCCGGCUACACCGGCAAGAGUCAUCGCGUCAAGCGCGCCGACGUUCACCCUGGAUACAGCGGUACCGAGGCCUCCUCCUACCACAACGACAUCGCCAUCCUCACGCUGACCAGUCCCGUCAAGUUCGACGCGGUCCAGAAGAAGAUCGACCUGCCGACCAGGGACGUUAUCUCGGGCGAGAGCGCCGUCAUCACCGGUUGGGGUAUCAAGAAGUACCCGUCCAACUACGUCUCGCCGGUUCUCCAGAAGGCCGCCAUGAGCAUCAUCCCGAGCAGCCGGUGCACCACGAGGAUGUACCCGCUCAGACUCCACGGCGAGCAGGUCUGCGCCCUGCAGAGGAAGGGAGUCGGCGCUUGCUCCGGUGACAGCGGUGGCCCACUGGCCGUCAACAAACAGGUCGUCGGUAUCGCCUCUUGGGUAGUUCCCUGCGGAGAAGGCUACCCCGACGUUUACACCAAGGUCUACGCCUACAAGAGCUGGAUCCAGACUAUCCUCGAUAGAGACUAAAUUGAGAGAGAAUGGAUUUGAAUAUUUAUUUAUUUAUUCCAAAUUGCUCUGUUUGACCAAUAGUGUUAUAAUUGUUAUCCGUUGAUUUUUUUGUUGAUUGUUGGAAUAAUAACGAAAGUGUUGAUUAUUA